GAGGAUGCACAUUGUUAUUUAACUUCGUUAACUAUCACAAUAUGGGACAGUGAUGUGACAGAGCCUCCCUGGUGGACUCUCGCCGGUAGAUUCUCAUGAGAUUCUGACAAAUGGGCUGCAGCCAGGCAAAGGAGGCUUUGCCCUUGGUGUUUAUUGUCACACGCCAUGGCUACUCACAGGUGAUUGUGCUGGAGUGCCUGAAUGAGGUGGGGCCAGACACACACGGUGAAUGCACCGGUCCCUCUCGUCAGCCCGGGCUCCUUUGACCUCAUCACACGAACAGCAAACAUGAGCCGCUCGCCAAUCUGGUCCAAAACUGGCUUCAGGAAGCAGUGCUGCCGGGUGUGCCUUAGCACCUCAGCAUGAGGACUGCAAUUCCACAAAACGACAGGCGGUGGUAGUGUUUAAUUUGUUUUCAGUUUUGACGGCGUGGAGGAAACUUUUACUUCCUGAUUGGACCUCAUGGACCGUACGCGAAGAAGAGAGGCGGUUGGUUUCAAUGAAUGGAGGUGAGACGGUGGCAGUCAGAGGGGUUCGUGCAUGUUUCAGGAAGUUGAGCUGCACUAGAGAUGUAAUUUUGAGACUGGGUAUCCAUGAAACUCCAUGGUGGAGGCCCUACCAUUCCUCUGUGACUCUGCUGUGCUCAAGAGAAGAUGGCUCCAGACCUGGGGAGAGGUGGUGGCGCGGUGCUCCGGACUCCACCGAACACAGCGUCAUGGAAACGACGCCCACUAGGGGGCAGCAGAGGUCAGACGGACGGAAAGCCACACAGAGGCCUUUCUCAAAGAGAGGAUCCCCCGGGAAGCCGGCCCACUCGGGGAAGGGACCCGCGUCCUACAGCAGGAUCCCGUCUGACCUCCAGCGCCUGAGUCAGGAAGACUUCCCCCAGACGCAACAGAGGCUGGAGGUGCUGUUUGGCGUGGCGCCCUGCCUGCUGGCUCUCACUCAGGGCCGGAGGAGGGCGCGCAGGCUGUUUGUGAAAGAGACCAGUGCCCCCCAGAGGGCUGCUGUGCAGCAGGUGUGCGAGGAGGCCCAGAGGCAGCGGGUUCGAAUCCAGCUGGUCAGCAAGAAGGAGCUGGACAAGCUGUGCGAAGGCCGAGUACACCAGGGCCUGUGUCUGGAGGCCAGUCCCCUGGAUUACCUCAGAGAGGAGGACACUGCAGGAACGCACGGCGACAGCGCCGAGACCCCCCUGUGGCUGGUCCUAGACGGCGUGCAGGACCCCAUGAACCUUGGGGCCAUCCUCCGCUCUGCAUAUUUUCUGGGGGCAGACAGGAUCAUCAGCAGCAUUCACAAUAGCUGUCCCUUGACUCCGGUUGUGAGCAAAGCCAGCUCUGGGGUGAUGGAGGUCAUGGGAGUGUAUGGCUGUGACAGCCUGCCUGACAUGUUGAAGGUGAAGGUGAGGCAGGGCUGGCAGGUGGUUGGCACGGUGGGGGUUGCGGAGGUGGACACGGACGUCCCCGUCCUCCGCUGUUCCGAUUUCCAGCUCACCAAGCCCACGCUGCUGCUGAUAGGCGGCGAAGGUGACGGCCUGUCCCUGGAGCUGCGCCGGCUGUGUCAGGCCCUGCUGACCAUCCUCCCCUCCAGAGAGCUGCACCCAGGUGUGGAGUCCCUCAAUGUCUCUGUGGCGACAGGCAUUCUUUUGCACACGCUGCUGUCGUCACGGAGACCAGCGCGUCGAUGACCGGCGCGAGGUGUUUGCUUUGGACGCACUCCCAGCUCCUCAGUACAGUACUUAGACCGGAUUACAGCAUCAAUUAGCGAUCUGCGCAGCGGAGGCCCGGGAUUGAUUGAGCAUUUUAAUGCAUCCGAGACGCGGGGGCCUGGAGCAGAGGCCGGCCUCGGACCGCCACGCAGCGUCGGCACGUUGCCACGGACGUGUGUCGCCACAACCCGGGACAGUGGUCUCCCCAGCAACUACGGGACAGUGGCAACACCACGAAUCUGAGUCCUCGACUUGCAUGGAUGCUUAUUUGAUACCCGCAUUCUCUGUAAUACUUUAGGUGCCAUUUUUUAUUACGACUGUUUGCUGCUUCUCUGAUUUCAUUCUUAAUUCAAUUGUCUGAUCAUGAAUGUGAUUUUUUUGCAUUUGUGGUUUUUGAUGAGUGUACUGUUGCUCUCAGAAAAAGUAAAUAAAGGGCCAGGAAA